AUGCAUACCAAGAAUGGGAAGUACUCUAUUAAGUCCGGGUAUCAUCUUGCAAGGAAAGUGAUGAGGAGUGAUGAUGGGGUUGGAAGCUUAGAUGGUGUUAGUGGUCAGCAAAUAUGGAAGAAAAUUUGGCAGCUACAUGUGCUAAGUAAAAUUAAAAUAUUCGGGUGGAGAGCUUGCCAAGAUAUUCUACCAAUCCGAGUGAAUCUUGUUCGACAGAAAAUAAUAACUGAGAAGGGAUGCCAGUGCUACAUAGGGGUGCCUAAAUCUGCAAUACAUGCAAUUUGGGAGUGUGGGGUUGCGCAAGAUGUGUGGGCUGGCUAUGCUAUCAGGUUGCAGAAGUGUACCACUGAUUUCCCUGACAUUGUGGCUUUGUUUGACUAUGUUUUGGACAGGUUUUCAGCAGCUGAGAUGGAGGUGUUCCUUGUUCAAGCCUGGUUUAUUUGGAAUCGGAGAAAUGCAAUUAUACAUGGAGGACAGAUGAGGGACCCGAAGUGGCUGAUCAGAGAGCAUUGGAUUAUUUAG